AUGCGAUCUACACGUACCAUCACAGUGGUCGGAUGCCACGCUGAGGGAGAGGUUGGCGACGUCAUUACCGGCGGAGUUUUGGACGUGCCAGCACCUACUAUGUGGCACAAACUUCAACACUUUUUGACGCAUAAGGACGACCUUCGGCAACUGCUUCUGAACGAGCCCCGGGGACGGUCACCGAACAAUACGAACUUGAUCCUGCCGCCAUGCAACCUAGAAGCCGCUGCGGGAUUCUUGAUUAUGGAGAGUGAGGAGUAUGCGCCAAUGUCCGGUUCAAACACAAUCUGCACCGCGACCGUUCUAUUGGAAACAGGGAUGAUCCCCAUGCAGGAGCCGCUGACCAAAUUCUCCCUCGACACGGCGGCAGGGCUGGUCGGUGUCACUGCGGAGUGCCGAGACGGCAAAUGCAAGAAUGUGGCGUUUGACAAUGUUCCCGCGUUCGUCGACAAGCUCGACCUGCGCGUUGAAGUCCCCGGAAUCGGGACUGUUUCCGCGGACAUCGCGUGGGGCGGCAUGUGGUAUGCCAUCGUUGACGCCGCGUCAAUUGGCCUUAGUAUUGAGCCCAAGCAGGCAGCAAAGCUUGUUGAGCUUGGCGAAAGGAUCAAGCAGACCAUUCGUUCUAUUUAUACCCCUCGUCAUCCUGAAAACCCGGAAAUCGCGGGAGUAUCGGUGCUUUCAUUCACCGAGCCUCUGCAAAACGGCGUCGGUGGGAAGAUUGCCAAGAACACUGUCGUUGUCUCGCCUGGCCGACUGGAUCGAAGCCCUUGUGGAACAGGCACCUGCGCUCGCAUGGCAUUGCUUCAUGCUAAGGGGCAGCUUGCUGUCGGUGAGGACUUCAAGCAUACUAGUGUCAUUGACACGGCUUUUGAGUGCCGUAUUAAGGAAACCGUCAAGGUUGGCGAUCGAGAUGCUAUCAUUCCAACUGUGAAGGGAAGGGCUUGGAUUACAAGCUACAAGCAGGUUGUGUUGGAUCCCGAGGACCCUUUCCCUACUGGCUACAGGGUUGGAGACCAGUGGCAUGUAUACGGUGCGGCUCUGUGA